AUGGAGUUUCCGCAAGCUAUAGCCGUUGGAUAUGCUGCCCCUCAGGUCAAACUUGGUAAAACCACGCUCGUCGGCAGGGACAUUACCGAGCUGAAGUUGGAUUUCUUUGGAGGGAUUCCGUUUGCUGAACCACCCUUGGGCAAGUUGCGACUGAAACCACCCGUGUUAAAAACAAAGCUGGACGAGAAAACAUUCGACGCCAGUAACUUCGGUAAAGGUUGCUUUCAACAGAGCAGCUCUGUAACCGAAUUCUCUGAAGACUGUCUAACCAUCAACGUAUACCGUCCAUCGGGACUUAAAUCAAAUGCAAAGCUUCCCAUCUUGUUCUGGACAUACGGAGGAGGAUUUGAUGCUGGGGAAGCCUCUAUCUACAACGGGAGUGCUAUCGUCGCCCAGAGUGUCGCUCGGGGUACACCUCUCAUCUACGUGAAUUAUAAUUAUCGCCUCGGACCUCUUGGAUUUCCUCAGGGGCAGGAAGCUGACGAUCGCGGUGCCCUAAAUUUGGCAUUGAGAGAUCAGUUGACGGCAUUGGAAUGGGUACAGGCAAACAUCCAUUUCUUUGGAGGUGACAAGUCGAAGGUUACUGUCUUUGGUGAAAGUGCCGGUGCAAUCAUGACUGCGAUUCUAUUUUUGAAUUCUCCCUUGGAUAAAUUGGCAAGAGCAGCAAUCUUCGAAUCAGGAUCUGCUGCGACUCCUCAAGAGUUUAACGCGGAACGUCGUGAAAUAGACUGGCAAAACUUUGUGGCUGGGGUACCAUCUUGCGCGUCUCUUGCUACGAGUGGGAAUACAUUUGACUGUAUUCAAGCUGCCAAUUCCACAGAAAUUUUCUCAGGCGUCAUUAACGGUCUUACGAAAGCCAACGAAGCCUUUGGAUAUGAUCCUACGUUUGACGGCCCGAACGGUCUCUUCCCAGAUAUUGCUUCCAAAUUUCUUUCCUCAGGACAUUUCGCUCGUCUGCCAUUCAUAACUGGUACAAAUCUUGAUGAAGGUGCUGUAUUCACCCCAACAACUAUUCAGUCCGCGGCCGAUAUCGAAGCUUUCUUGGUUGCUGGAUACUCGCCUCUUGCAGUCAGCCCAGCUGCUUUCGAAUCCACCGUCGCGAAACUGUUGGAGUUAUACCCUGAUGACCCUGCCCUCGGGUCCCCAUUCAACACUGGCAAUCAGACAUUUGGUUUAAAUUCCAACUUCAAGCGGGCAGCAGCCCUAUUUGGUGAUCUCGCUUUCCAAGGCCAGCGCAGAGCCUGGAUACAAGCCGCAAGCCGCGUAGGGGUGAAGACAUUCGGAUAUCUUUUUACUCAACCACAGCCAAACAGCGGCCCCUUUGGUGUCUUCCAUGGAUCCGAGGUUCCAUAUGUCUAUGGAGCACCGAGCGACACAUCUGCGUCCUCAUUGCGCAUCAGCAGUCUCAUGAUCGACUACUGGGUCUCAUUCGCAACGUCGCUUGACCCCAACGAUGGCCGCGGUAUCCCACGUCCACACUGGGCACAGUAUACCCCCGAGAACCAAGUCAUCAUGCAGCUCAACGGCGACAACACGACGCUCAUCCCAGACAACUAUCGGAAAGAGCAGAUCGCGUUUAUUAAUUCGGACCCUGCUGUCUUCCAUCAGCGCCGCUCUAUAAACAAGAGUUAA